AUGGCGGGAGGUACUGGAAUCGGUUCAGGUAACGGGAAAGCAUACCCCGGAAAUCUCACACUCAACGUUUUCAUCACAUGUAUGGUGGCGGCCUGCGGUGGUCUGAUUUUCGGAUACGAUAUCGGGAUUUCAGGUGGAGUGACAUCUAUGUCGCCGUUCUUGAAAGAAUUCUUCCCAGCGGUUUACGAGAAGGAAUCUAAACUCGUUGCUUCUAGCAACCAGUACUGCAAGUUCAACAGUACCACAUUGACCAUGUUCACAUCUUCGUUAUACUUGGCUGCAUUGGUGGCUUCAUGGUUUGCUUCGGUCAUAACCAGGUCUUGUGGUCGGAAAAUAUCCAUGCUUAUCGGCGGCUGUGUUUUCUGCGCCGGAGCACUCCUCAAUGCCUUUGCUCAAAACGUUCUAAUGCUUAUUAUCGGUCGUAUUCUUCUUGGUAUUGGUAUCGGGUUUGCUAAUCAGUCUGUGCCUCUAUAUCUCUCCGAGAUGGCUCCUUACAAGUAUCGUGGUGCUCUCAACAUGAUGUUUCAACUAUCCAUCACCAUCGGAAUUCUAAUCGCCAACGCAGUCAACUACGGAUUUGCCCAAAUCAAGGGCGGAUGGGGGUGGCGUUUGAGUUUGGGAGGAGCCGUUGUUCCUGCCAUAAUCUUUAUCGUUGGCUCUCUUUUUCUUCCAGAUACCCCAAACUCACUUAUCGAACGUGGAAAGGUCACAGAAGCCAAAGCAAUGUUACUCAAAAUCCGUGGUGUAGACAGUGUCGAUGAAGAGUUUAACGAUAUGGUUGCAGCUAGCGAGGAAUCAAAAAAGAUUAAACACCCAUGGUUUAAUCUUCUUCGUAGAAAGUAUAGACCACAGUUAACUUUCGCUAUCCUCAUCCCACUUUUCCAACAACUCACUGGAAUGAACGUGUUCAUGUUUUAUGCCCCCGUUUUGUUCAAAACAAUGGGGUUUGGAGAUAACGCUUCACUCUUUUCUGCCCUAAUCACUGGCAUCGUUAACACGUUAGCAACUUUUGUCUCAAUCUUUACUGUCGAUAAAUUUGGAAGAAGAGUUUUGUUCAUUCAGGGUGGAAUUCAAAUGUUUUUGAUGCAGGUGGUUAUUACGGUUGCAAUCGCAUUUAAGUUUGGGUUACAAGGAAACCCUGGUGAGCUUGAAAUGUGGUAUUCAGUUCUUGUGGUCGUAGCCAUUUGCAUAUACAUUGCAGGGUUUGCAUGGUCAUGGGGUCCAUUGGGUUGGCUCGUGCCCAGUGAAAUCUUCCCUCUUGAGAUCCGAUCAGCUGCACAAAGUGUUAAUGUUUCCGUCAACAUGAUCUUUACCUUUUUUGUUGCUCAAAUCUUUCUUCAGAUGUUGUGUGCCCUCAGGUUUGGGUUGUUUAUUUUCUUUAUGUUCUGGGUGGUGAUCAUGACUGGUUUCAUCUACAAAUAUUUGCCGGAGACAAAGGGAAUUCCCAUCGAAGAGAUGGCCGGAGUUUGGAAAGAGCACCCCGUUUGGAAAAGAUUUGUUCCGGUGGUUGACGAAGAACUGGCUCCCGUGGGUGAUAAUAAAGAAAACGAUGAUAAAGAGAAAAAUAUAAGUUAG